CACCCACAAGCAUCCAUGUCCGAAGUGAGGGGGAGGUGAAACCAUGUAGAGUUCACUGUGCUGUUAACUGUCAUUAUUUAGUUGUUUGAGUCAGGAGAAGGGGGCUUGUCACCACAUCUCUUAAAGAAUUCCAUCCCAUUGGAGCUGCAAUGACUUCUCAUGCAAGGCUUCGAAAGGAGAGGGUGGGUGUGGUGGACUAUGAUACACAGAUAAAAGAGGUGCGAUGCCAGCUCGUAGACCAACUGAAGGUGCUGGACCUGCAGCUGGAGCAGAAGACCCAGCAACUGCAAGACAUGACUGACUACCUCCGCCGACGAGGCGAGAUUGAAUCGGAAUAUUCCCGUUCUUUGGAAAAACUUGCAGAAAGGUUCACCUUGAGGAUCAAAAGGAAGGAGCCCAGCACUCACUCUGUCUCACAGGUCUGGCUGGCUCUCCUGGCUCAAACCCGCCAAGAAAGUAGAGACCACAGCGGACUCGCAGAAAGUUGCAGCAACAUCCUCAUUCAGCCCAUAAUGUACUGUCUGGAUUACACACAACGUCUGGCUAAAAAGAGUAAAGACCUUUGUACCCAGCUGCAAGACGGACUACUCAAGGUUACCACUGAGCUGCAAACAGCUUGGCGGACGUACCACCAGUACCACUCGGAGUUCGUCAGUGCAGAGGGAAAGUUAAGGGAGGCUGAGAAACAGGAGGAAAAGCAAAAGCAGAGUGCUGCUAAGAAGCUGGAGAGGUUGAUAGAAAAAAGACAACUUAAAGUCCAGGAGAUACAGCUGAAGUGUGGCAAAGCAAGGAACGACUACCUGCUAAACCUGUCUGCAGCAAACUCAUCCAUGAAUAAAUACUAUCUUCAUGACAUCACCAAUCUCAUAGAUUGUGCAGAUUUAGGGUACCACCUCUCUUUGGGUAGGGUGAUAAAAGCCUACUUGGCUAGACGGUCAUGGGCCCAGCAGAACCUGAACACCGGCCUGCAGCAGCUCCAAGAGGCCGUGGAUCACCUUGACCAGAGCCGAGACAGAGACAACCUUCUGCAGGACCACUACAAUACCUUUUCUAUGCCUGUCCGCUUCCCCUACCAACCCCAUGAAGAAGACCAGAUUUCAGAAGUUAGCGCAGAGUGUGAAAUGAGGUGCGAGAUGGAGACCCGAUUCAAGCAGAUACAAGCUCGACUGAAAACUAUGACUGAAGAAACGGAAGAGGCUGGUAAAAGCAUGUCAGCAGCAAAGUCCUCUCUGCUGGCGGGAAUUGGUGAUGAUGAUCUGGAAUCCAGCACUGGUCUUAGUCAGGCGGGCAGCACUGAGAAUCUGACUAUGAAACCCAGCGUGGCUCGCCGGAGGGCCAACCUCCUGGAAGUAGAAAACCUCUACUUGGUUAAAGUAAAAGAAUAUCUUGUUGGCGGCUCACUGGUGUCAAAGCUCCAAGCUAAGCAUGAUCUGCUUAAGAUAGCAGUGGAAAAAGCUGAAGCAUCAAAUGGACAUCAGCCUAGGUUUUCUGGGAAGUCUCUGCGGAUCAGAAAGAAUCAAUCAAGUGCCAAUUUCUUUCACAAUCAGAAACUUUUCAGCGGAGACAUGUUGUCCUUUAUAAAGGCUUCAGGACAACAGAUUCCAUAUGUUGUAGAAAGCUGCAUUCGCUUUAUUAAUCUUUAUGGUCUUCACCAUGAAGGGAUUUUUAGGGUUCCAGGAUCUCAGAUGGAGGUGAAUGUCUUGAGGGAUGCAUUUGAAAGAGGAGAGGACCCGCUGUCUGAACAAAGAUAUGAUUUGGACUCUGUGGCCGGAGUGCUGAAGCUCUAUUUCAGAUGUUUGGAGAACCCUCUGUUUCCUAUAGAAAGCACCAGUCAGCUCUUGCAGUGCAGCCAAAUAAAGGAUGAUGCAGAAAGAGCUGCUCAGCUCAAGGCGAUUGUCUCCUCCUACCCUGAGCCUGUGAUUGUUGUCAUGAGAUACCUUUUUGCCUUCCUUCAUCACGUCUCUCAGUACAGUGAUGAGAAUAUGAUGCAGCCUUACAACCUGGCCGUGUGCUUCGGCCCUAGCCUGAUAAGAGGCCUAAAUGAUGAUGAGGUUGUGACUCUGCAGCCUCAGAUCAAUGCCCUGGUGAAAGGAAUCAUCCUACAGCAUGAGAGCAUCUUCCCCAGUCAGAGCAAAGUUCAAGGACCAAUAUAUGAAAAGUGUAUGACUCUCGAACCGGACGACGGUGAGGUUAUGAUUGAAGGAGAAGUUGAAGUGGAGUAUUCCCAGAACAGAGAUGAUUUGGACUCACAGUCUUUAGCUGGUAAUGGUCCAGAUGUGUCUACAAAUACAGAACGUCCGAGAGCAAACAGCAGUGGCUGCUUGGAUUACAGCAAGAUACCACCAGGGGGUGGCCCUUCUGCAGCUGGAAAAAUGUCUCUGCAGAUUCCAGUUGGCCCACAGUUGAAGCAAAGAAAAACCCUCUCUCCGUCUUGUAUGCGCAAAGAAUUUCAGCAAAACUCAUCCUCAGAAGACUUGGUUGUUAAAGUUGAUAAGGAGGUCUGUCAAAAUAUGGAGUCGGUCUUCAAGGAGCUUCUUACAAGACGGUCCCAGCAGGAUGCAUCUGUCUCUGCUGCUUCUGCUCAGGCUCAACAGAAAAAGGGAAAGAAUAAUGGACGGAGGGGGAAAUGAGCUAGACUAUUUAGAGCUGCGGGACUGAGAAAACCAACAUCAGCACAUGACAUGAAGAGGGAGGAUGCUGAUGAACACCAAGGGGCAGUGUGAAUGGCUCUGACAGCAGAUCUACUUCUAGAAAUGUGAAGCCAGUGAACUAUGUUCCCUGCUCAGAGGCACCUAAGACUUAAAAUCCUCUUAGCUGCAAAUUAUCUGAUCAACUUUCUGUAGUGACUUUAAAUCCACAGAAGUUUAUGAAAACUAUGAAUGAUGUAAAAUGCAAAUAUGUUUGCGUAUAAAUAAACGUUUAAGUUGGUUGGUAUCAGCUGAACUGAAUUUUUUCAGUUAUGCUGUGCUGGUUCUCAUGAAAUCUUUUAUAAUAAGAUGCAAGUACAUCCUAAACAACUGUGAAUGCUAUGGCAGUUAUGUAUUAUGCCACUUUUGUCUGUUAAUAAAUACAUAUUUUCCUUUUUAUUCAAGGCAAAUAGGUACUCAAACUAUAUACAUUUAUGGGUAUGAAUGCUUUGCAACAUUCUUGAGUGCGUUUUCACAAACUCCUCAUAAUGUGAAGGAGCUGAACAUCAAAAUAAGCCUCAUCAUAUAAAAUGUAUGCAGUUCAUGGUCUUCACUACAGGUGCAGGAAUAGCUGCAAAGAAACAUUCCUUAUAACCUAAAUGGUAGUAAACUCCUGCUUUGGACAUCUCUCCCUCUUCUGUUUCAUAAAACAACCGUGCGUCUAUGACAUUGAUCUCCUUUGCAUAAAAUAGUCUAAUUUCUACAAACUGUUAUUGGAACCUUUUUUAUUUUAGAUUUUCAAAACAAUAAAUGUGAUGCUCCUGUUUUAAGCUUA